AUGCCGAAUUUCGUUGUGUUCCCCAAUGCGUUGUUCGUCCUGCUCCUGCUCUUUCACGGAAAUGCACUAUCCCAAGAGCUUAAGGAAGAGCCGGGUCCAAGUUUGGUGUCGGCGGUCAUAGACAUAGUGCUAGGACUUAUUUCGAACAGAGAGACUAAUGCGGAUGCAGAUGUUGGACUCGAAUCAGGAACUGAUCGACCAAAUGACAGUGGAGAAGCUUUUGCACCAGGGAAUUCCUCUUACUGUGACACAGAAACUACAACAAUAAUUGCUAAAACUAAUCCAGGAUGGUCAACUAAUACCAGCUCGGGUAAUCUACAAGAAGACUUUGGUUUGUCGCAAAGUAAUGCAACUGCAACAGCAAUGAAGAUGAUUUCUGACUUGAAAAAGGUUAGCCUUCUGCCCAGCGACAUCCUGAGAGCUGUUGAUGCCCUCACGGCGCUUGAAAAGGAAUAUGAAAAGGAACUCGAUCGUACUGAGAAUGACAGGGCGCCGGAAAUGGCUAAGGAGUACAUGGCUGAUGUCAUCGAGGUGUCAGGAGAGGUGCUUGAGGAGCCGAAUCCCUGGCAGGAGCUGACAGAGGCUGACAGUGAGCGUGCGUCAGGGAAAAUGCAGGCCACAGUCACGUCAGCAGCUGUCAAAGUCGCGGAACUGCUCAGCAACGGAACAGAGGAUUUCGAGACGGAAAACCUUCAUGUACGCGUAUCAAGUCGUCCUGCGAACGACUAUAACGUCACGACUCGCAGAUACGACCACAUUUAUUACCCCAACACUUGCAUUGAGCUUCCUGAACUUUUCUAUCGCGAUUACGUCGAUGAGGAUAACAACGUGAGGGUCGUUUUUAUGUCAUAUACGACCCUGCACAGCGUCACCAACACUAUACCGCUCGACCCUAAACAGGCUUCCCCCGACGUCUUUCCAGCUAAAGGUCAGGUCAACAGCGGAAUUAUCAAUGUCAUUGUUGGUCAAAAGGGACUCUGGCGCGCAGGCGACGGCGAGACAACAAAAGUGAAAUUCGGCCACGUGUACAAAGGCGAUGGGUUCCUCCUCGCCAACCCCAGCUGUGUGUGGUGGGACGAGGCAGCCUACGCCUGGAACACGAGUGGGUGCGCCCUCAAUUACACGGACGCCCACGUAACGAUCUGUCGCUGCAACCACCUGACGUCCCUCGCUCUCCUGAUGGACGUUCGUGGAUUCUUGGCGAAGGAAGGAGUAAGGGAGAACCCCGCCUACCUCGCCGGCAAAUGGCUAACCCUCUUUGGCUGCAGCGCCUCCGCCAUCUGUCUCGUCCUCUGCAUCGUCUGCAUCCUCGCCCUCAAGCAGCUGCGGGAGACCACCUGCUGGAAGACCCGUUGCCAUCUGUGCGUGAGUCUCCUGUUAGUGCAGCUGCUCGUGAUGGGCCUCGACGCCACAGAAAUACGGUGGCUGUGCUUAUCCGUUGCUGUGUGGCUUCACUUCGCCAUGCUGUCGGCGUUCACGUGGGGGGCCGUCGAGUCUUUUAACAUGUAUAUGAAGUUUGGCAAGGUAUGGCGUACGCAGAGGUCAUUGGUCAAGUUCUAUGUGGGCGUCGGAUAUGGCUUCCCCGCCGUGGUAGUUUCGACGACCCUUGCUGUCAGUAAGACUCACGGUUAUUACACUGAGACAACAUGCUGGUUGGCACCCGGGGCGAUGAUGUGGACGUUCUUUGGCAUCGUGGCACUGAUCCUCGCUAUAAACCUCCUCGCCUUCGUGAUGGUGAUGCGCUUGGUCUUAGCGCGAACGAUGAAGGCCAAGAGUCCUCAGCCAGCUGGCACUGAUAGCAAAGGGCAGACUGACCGAAUCUGGGGCACCCUUACCAUCUUCCUCGUCCUCGGCCUCACCUGGUUGACCGGGAUUCUCUACGCCGCUUUCGGAUCUACCGUCCUGGCCAUCGUCUUCAUUCUGACCAACAGCUUCCAAGGCGUGUGGAUAUUCAUUUUCGGACUCGUGUUGAACAGGAGGGUCCGUGAAGAUGCUGUGAAACUCAUGCUCAGUUGGCGAAAAGGAAAAGACGAGAUGGAACCAUCGGUCAGAUUCACAAACUCAAACACAAGAGAUGCUCAAGUAGACAAGGGGUAAUAAAAAUCCCUUUACUCAACCAUUCAUUCAUUCAAGAGGUAGAGCAAAGGGGGGUAAAGGGGGAGGCGUAGAUAUUCUAGGGAUAAUCAGUUUAUUUGUUUAUUGUUUAUUAUGUAUUAAUGUCAUCAUAUUUUUCUUCAGUAAUGCUUUAAGGAUGAUAUCCUGGUUCGUCUUAUUGUUUGUAUUAUCAUCAAUACCUUUUUGGUAUGUGAUUCAUGUAUAUGUAAGAUUCUCUUGACAAUUUCGAUUGGUGAUGACAUUGUCAAAAGAUGAAAUGGAGCAUAUACUAUUACACACACACACAUACACGCACACAUACAUAAACACACACAGACACACACACCUAUUUUCAAUGAUAGUAUUGUGCCCAUUACGAUUAUUGAUCAGUAUAUUUGAUUAUCUAUCAGUAAGAAACCUACUGAUACAUAGUACAUGGACAGACGAUUUUACAUAUAUCUGAAACACAAACUGAUUGAUUGAAUGAUUGACUGAUAUUGAUCUGUCUUUGCCUUAAUAUAUCUGGACAUUGAAUUAUGUGAAGUCGAGUGAAAACAAUACUUUAUUGUCUAACUUCAAAAUAAAAAAAAUCAAAAUGUA